GUGAAGUGUGUCAAACAUUGGUGUUCGAUACUUUAAUAGGAUAUUUCGGGUUUGGAAACUAUUAAAUUCUUAUGGGAAAUUGUGAAUUCUUAAUCUGUAAUAAAGAAGUAAAACAAAGAAAGGAUCGGAACGUCGAGAAAGAAAGAUGAGUCAGAAAGGUUGACAUUUGCGUUCAGCUCGAAUUGCGCGCGCACUUAAAGGUAAAGGCAGAUUGUAACGAAGACAGUGAAAAAGAAUAAAAGAACAGCCAAGGAAAACAAAAUAAGAAAUACAAAAGGAACGACGAGAAAGGUAAAAAGAGAGAAGAGGAUGUACGAUUAGCGAGGUGACGAACGAGAGCAAAAGAGAAAAGAAAGGACGGCCGUGGCGUACGCGCAGCACGAGCUGCGCACAGUGCAACAGAAAAACAAAAACUCAGCAUGAGAUGAACAAGGUUAGUUAGCAAAAGAAAGUAAAACGAUGAAGAGAAAAAAGAAAGAAAGACAAAAAGUAUUACGAAACCUGUGCAGGAAGAUAGAACGACCAGACAAGUUACAAUAAGGACGGAUAGUGAUUGGAAAGAAGAUAGAAAAUAAGUGUUUCAUCGUGGCAUACGCUCUGCACGAGCUGACCAUCGUAUAACAGAGGAAGAGAGGUACUGUUACUGUUAGGUAGAAAGAAAUAGUAAGAAUAAAGGAUAGCAAACAAAGAACAGGAUAAAAAUCGUCGAAGGAUCGUAGUAAGAAGUUGUAGAAGUGAGAUGGAAAAUUCCUGUAAAGGAAGAAAGAGGAGGAGAAAUAGGUACUUGGUGGCGCACGCGCAGCACGAGCUGCGCACGGUACUAUAGAAAAAGAUGCACAAUAAAAGGAACAAAGAGAGUGAAAGAAGGAUAGAAAGUACGCUAAAAGCCAAGAAGCCGGCAGAGGAAGUAGUGUGAACAUGGUGAGAGCAAGAAAGAAAAGAAAGGACGCUCGUUUCUGGCGUACGCGCAGCACGAGCUGCGCACGGUAGCAUUUGGCGCAUGCGCGGCACAUGCCUGUACUCAGAUCAGAGAAACGAGUGCGAGAGAAGCACGUGGUAAGGUUGUGCUGGAGGAGGAAAGAAAUUACGUCGCAUCGAGAAGCAACAAAGGACAGAGAACACCGUAUGUUGAAGAAGAAUGCUAAGACAUCACAAGUAUUGUUGAAGAAGAUAGCCGAAACGUUUACAUGAUGCUGACAGCUGCCUUUUACAUAAUUUGAAUAGAUGUUACAGACUGUCCAGGAUGGACGUAAUAGCGUACAAUCACCAUCACGAGAUCGCGAGCGUCGAGUACAGUAUCGAUGACGGUGACCUCGAGAGCCAGAAUGAGGACGAAGACGAGGAUAUAUCCCCGUAUAUCGACAUCGAUCAGCGUGUUCUGACCCUGGAACGGCUGUCCGCUGCAAAUGGCGAGAAGAAAGACAAGACGCCGUUGAGGAGAAGUUUAUUCUCGUACGUGGCGCCGUACAUCGUGUUCCAGUCGUUCGACUGCAAGGGGCCAAUAAUGCCGCACGAAGUAACCAAACACCUGAAGUGGCAUCUCAGCACGAUCACACCAUUAAUCGUACGUCGUACCUUGAUCAACUCAGGUUUUCAACUGAUGAAGAGGUGCCAGGAGUGGUGCGGCACCUGGGGCAAGCACAUGAAGUCGUCGUGCUUCAGGACGGUGAAGGAGUCUCAGAAGAUCAAUCAUUUUCCGGGCACGUUCCAGAUAGGGCGUAAGGAUUGUCUCUGGGUGAACCUGAGCAAGAUGAUGUUGAAACACGAGGUGAAGGAGUUCGAUUUCGUUCCGCGCACCUACGUUCUGCCCCGCGAUCUCACCUGUUUCCGUCAAGUUUGGAAAAAGUUCGGCAGCAAGGGGAAAUGGAUCGUGAAACCGCCCGCCUCAGCCCGGGGUACGGGCAUCAAGGUGGUGCACCGUUGGUCCCAGAUACCGAGGAAACGGGCCGUGAUAGUGCAACAAUACCUGUCCAGGCCUAAACUGAUAAGCGGCGCCAAGUUCGAUCUGCGCCUCUACGUUCUUGUAACGAGUUUCAACCCAUUGAAGAUCUACCUCUACCCGGACGGCUUGGUCCGUUUCGCCUCGGUCAAAUACAACGACGACAUAAACUACCUCAGCGACCGUUUCAUGCAUUUGACCAAUUACAGCAUCAACAAGACGAACUCCACCUACACUAGCAACGACUGCGUUGAUUCUUGCACGGGGCACAAAUGGGCGCUAAGAACUCUUUGGUCGUACCUUGAGAAGGAGCACGUGAACGUUUCGAAGUUGUGGGCGACCAUGAAGGACAUAGUGGUGAAAACGAUGAUCGCCGGCGAGUCGAACAUCACCCCGUUGACCAGGGUCAACACGACAUCGCGUUACUGUUGCUACGAAUUGUUCGGAUUCGACAUCCUUCUCGACGAGAAUUUGAAACCGUGGCUGCUCGAGGUGAACAUAUCGCCCUCGUUGCAAUCCUCCUCGCCUCUCGACACCGCCAUCAAGGGUCCAUUGAUCAAGACUGUGUUCAACAUAGCCGGAUACCAAUUGCCAAACACAUUGUCGUUCGAGGAAGCGAGGAAAUUAGCGGAGAAGUAUGAGUUGGAUAUGGUGUGCCAGGAUUACAGGCUGCAUAAACUCGGGUUGAACAACCAGGAACGGAUUAAACAUUCGAUCUAUAUGAAUUUGAGGAAUCGUGAGGAUUACGUGGAGUCCAUUAUCAAAAAUCUCACUCCGGACGACGUUAGACAAUUGGUCAUGUACGAGGACGAGCUGACGCAAUUGGACAGGUUCGAGAAGAUCUUUCCAACUGCCAAUAGCUACGAGUACCUGCAGUACUUUGACGUUCCAAGGUACUAUAACAUGUUGUUUGACGCGUGGGAGGUGAAAUACGCGGAUAACAGAUCGGAAGGGAUAAUGAGAUUGCAGAAACUGUGCCAGCAAAAGUAUCAUUUGGAACCGGUCUGUUAAUAAGGGAUACAUUGUGUUCUUAUUUAGGGACCUAAACUGUAUAAGGUUUUUUUUUUUUUUUUUUUU